CGGAUCGUAGUGGAAUGUGUGGCUUCGGAGGGUCAAAACACUCCUAGUACCCGAACCAAUUGUCGAUGCCCUUUACUCAUCUGGGGGAUUGGCACUAGGAUAGCUGUACUACCUGUGCCGUAUGUGAGAAAAUCGGGUGAAUUCUUACAAAUUCGACCCCGGCGGUAAUGGUCUGAGUGACUGAACACAUCUCAACUUUGAAGUUACAGAAAUUAUUGUUCCGUACUUCGUCUAUCCCGCACCAUUAACCCGGACGUUGACAUCCGAAACCACUACGAAUACGGCAUUAGUAACGAUGAUCUGGGCCAGUUCCACGGCGUCCAUGGUGGGGAUCGCUGCAGUUCUCCUGUUGUGCCAUGUACAUCACUUUAACUCCGCACUAUGCUUCUUUGCUAACUUGCAAGGUGUUCACUAUCUGUGUCUAUCGCCUAGUAUUUCAUCCCUUGAAAGAUUAUCCUGGACCAUGGAUUGCGAAAGUAACGGAUCUCUACGGUGUUUUCAUCGCCCUUGGUACGAAAGAGCACUUUGUUACCAGGGAGAAUCAUCUUAAAUAUGGUCCUGUGAUAAGACAAGGCCCUAAUAGGCUUGUUUUUAACUCCGCCAAGGCUCUACAUGAAUCGUCGGAGGCCACCGCACGCCUUGCGAGAGCCACCAAUGUCUGGAAUGCUGCCGAUAAGCGGCUACACCGGUCUAGGCGGAGACUUGUCGGCGAGACCGUAUCAGAACGCUCAAUGCGACGAUUUGAACCCGUCAUGACUGAGCAGAUUGACAUAUUCAUCAAGCAGAUUCUCGAUUCAGCUCGAAGUCCUAAUGUAGAGACGAAUAUUGUAAAUAUGACACAUAGGAUUAAACGACUUAGUUUUGAUAUUGUUAGCCGGCUCGCUUUUGGAUAUCCUCUAGAUUCACAAACAAAACAAACUUAUAGGUUUAUUAUGGAAGCCUUGAAUGCUGGUACUCAAAUAAAUUACGUGUCUCUACAACUUCCGUCAAUUGCACUGCUCCAACCAUUCCUUUUCGCAGGCAUCUUUAACUAUGGUAGAUUAAGAGACUACCACGAAAUGGUUACCAAAAUGAUAUCUUCCCGUCUUUCUAAAGAUGUAAAGUCGAUUCACGACCUCUACUCAGUUAUCGCAAAUGAGAUAGAUACCGAAACAGACGACGAAAUCGGAUCUAAUGAUUUAUGGGCGGAAGCCGUAUUCUUUUUCCCAGCAGGCGGUGACACGGUUUCCACUGGUCUUUGCGCACUAUUAUUCUAUCUAUCUCGAAACCCAGAAAGCUACGAAAAGCUCGCCAAAGAAAUUCGCACCGCAUUCACGAAUGCAGACGAGAUUCAAGGCGGUCAGAAACUUACUGGUUGCCGAUACCUCCGCGCCUGCAUUGACGAGGCACUCCGAUUGUCUCCACCCCUAGCAGGUGCAUUAUGGCGGGAAUUGCCAGUGUCCGACAAGGAAACCGAACCACUAAUCGUAGACGGACAUGUAAUCCCCCCUGGAACCCAAAUAGGUGUAAGCACAUACACUCUACAUCACAACGAAGAUUACUUUCCAGACCCAUUCGCCUUCCAACCAGAACGCUGGCUUGCCUUGGAAGACGAAACUGAGAGGAAGCAAGCCCACAAUGCUUUUGCGGCAUUUUCUCUCGGUUCCCGUGGUUGCGCGGGGAAAGCAAUGGCUUACUUGGAGUCUAGCUUGGUGGUGGCUAAGACAUUGUGGUACUUCGACUUUGAGAGUGCACCGGGAAGCCUGGGCAAAGUUGGUACGACGCCAAACGCCACUGGCGCUGAUGAGUUUCAGCUCUUGAAUGUUUUCACGUCAUCACACGAUGGCCCUAACCUGAUAUUCCAUCCUCGAGGUGACUCCUGGAGAGAACUUCAAGCGUGA